UAUUCACUUUACCAUUUUUAGUUUUCUUUUUUUAAUCUUUCAUGUACUUCAAUCUUCGUUUCUAAUUUGUGAUCAUAAUUGAGAAUGGCCCUGCACCAUGUUAAUUACAAUAUGACAAUCAUUACAUCGUUUAACACUUUCAGUAAGAAUAGUAAGUUCAGUUUCAAUAAGAUCAGUAGGACUUACUCAUGCUUAUAACACUUUCCAAACUAACACAAACCGAAACCAAUAAUAAUAAUAGAGACAAAUGAAGCCAUCUCCAAGAUUUCUCUUCAUACUCACUUUUCUUGGUUCGUUCUUCCUUGCAAGCCCAGAAGCAGACUCGUGCACCAGCAAUCUAAACCUCAAUGUUUCAAUCCCUUUUGAUACAACAAACCUUCACUGCCUUUCUGUAUGGGAUGCUCAAAGUUUCAUCCUCAGAUAUGCUCAGACUUCUGCAAACACUUGGAGCUUCAUUCUCUCAACCCCAGACACAAAUUCUUACAUAGCUAUGGGAUUCUCGGUUGGCGGCGGCAUGGUGGGUUCAAGUGCCAUGGUGGGGUGGGUGGCAUCAAGAGGAGCCAGUGGAGGGAUAAAGCAAUAUUAUCUUGGUGGGGUCACACCAAAUCAGGUGGUUCCUGAUAAGGGCAACCUACAGGUUAUAGACAAUUCAACCUUCAUCACUUUACAGUCCUCUCGUCUGUUCAUGGUGUUUCAGUUAGAAACCACCGAACCUUUGUCCUCGCUGAUAUUUGCCACUGGAUCCACUGGUUUAUUCCCUGCACCACCAAGCUUUGCACUAACAAUACACCUAGACAAGGUGUCCACAAGAAUAGACUACUCGGAAGCCAACAUUGGAAGUUCACAAGGGGAUGGAAACUCUUCACAACUAAACGGAAGUACUUCACAAUCAGCAGACUCCUGCGGCUCCAAUCUAAACCUCAGUGUUCCUCUCCUCUUUGACACAACCAAUCUCAAUUGUCUUCCUGUUUGGAAUGCUCAAGGAUACAUCCUUAGAUAUUCUCAGACAUCUCAAAACAUAUGGAGCUUCAUUCUUUCAGCACCAAACCCAAAUUCGUACAUAGCAAUUGGGUUCUCUCCCAAUGGAGGCAUGGUGGGUUCAAGUGCCAUUGUGGGGUGGAUCUCAUCAAAUGGGGCAGGUGGAGGCAUGAAACAGUACUAUCUAACAGGUCUCACACCAAACCAAGUGGUGCCAGAUAGAGGCAACCUAAAAGUUCUCACCAACUCAACCUUCAUUACAUCACAGUCCUCACGUUUGUACAUGGCAUUCCAGUUACAAACCAACCAACCUUUGUCCAAGUUGAUUUAUGCCUUUGGACCUAACGGUGUGUUCCCUUCGGCACCAACUUUUUCAUUAACGCAGCACCAAGACAAAGUCUCUAUUACGUUGAAUUACGCAACAGGUUCAAGUGCAACAACAGGAAACUCAUAUACGAUCCUGAAAAGAAGCCAUGGAAUAUUGAAUAUCUUUGGAUGGGGCAUCCUAAUCAUAAUGGGAGCAAUAGUUGCUCGGUACUUCAAGGAAUGGGAUCCAUUUUGGUUUUAUUUCCACGCUUCAGUUCAGUCUUUGGGUUUUGUUCUGGGAGUAACUGGUGUAAUUAGUGGUUUUGUCUUGAAUAAUCAACUUCGUACUGACGUUAGUCUUCACAAGGUUCUUGGAAUCAUCAUUUUCGUUCUAGCCUGCCUCCAGAUAAUGGCUUUGCUUGGUCGACCGAAGAAGGAAUCAAAAGUGAGAAAGUAUUGGAAUGUAUACCAUCAUAACAUGGGGAGAAUUUUGAUCAUACUAGCCAUAGCUAACAUUUUCUACGGAAUCAAAUUAGGUAAGGAGGGAAGUGGAUGGAAUAUCGGUUAUGGAAUUGUGCUUGCCGUAUUACUCACUAUGGCAAUUACUUUUGAGACUCAACAGUGCAGUAGAGACGACUAAAUAGUAAAUUCUUUCCUUCAUAGAUUUUGUUUUGUUUCACCACUGCUUUUUAUUUGGAAGCUCUUCAGUUCCAUCUAAACUUAUUUUUGUAUGAAGAGGAUUGGUAGUGAUUAAUUUUAUGCUAGACGUAUAUUUUAAUUAUGCCUCUUCCCCUUAAAGGGGAAGCUUCAACAAAUUGCUGUGAGUCCAUGGCAUUAUAUAAAAUCAAGAGUAUAUAUAGAAUUA